AUGAAAUACCAAACUCUCGGAUUCUAUAUUGCUAGCAGCUUUGCUAUUGUAGCGAACUGCCAAUCUUUGGACCCAGCAUGGGGAAUUGGCCAUUAUGGUGGUGAUAUCGGUCUCUGGUAUCCACGUUCUUCGACAACCACGAUUUUAGAUGCAGUCCCAACCAGCGCGAGUGCCGUUAGAGUCUCGAAGAACGAGAAGCACACUGCUGUUACUACAAGUGCUGCGGCUGAAAUUACUUCUACUACUAGUAGUGAAGUAGAAAGCACGUCGACGAGCAGUGAGAUUGAAAGUACUACUACGACUACGAAAUUUGUUACGAGGACUACGACGAUAACUAUACCGGUGACGAGGUCGCCUCCUCCUGCUGUGUAA